AUGGUCGAGAAAGUUAUCUCGUACCUUUCUUACGACGAAAUUGCAAAGAAUAGACUGGUGUCAAGGGCGUUCAAUGAGAUAUGCAUGCGGAUGCUUAACAGAGGCUUCCUCAUGAUAGAGAGGCGACAUGCGUUGGCAUUGAAGAGUGUAAAGGCUCAGCUUCCCCGCAGAGAGUCGGAGAGGAGGUACCAUCCGCUUGCGCGCCACUGUGACAUACUGACAUCCAUAGAGACACGUAUAUCUAUGCUCAACAUGACGUACUCAAAGUUCAUAGACACCGGCAUCUGCUGUUUCAUCCCCGGCAAGGUAAUAGACGAGAUCCGGCGGGUCCUGACCAUAGUGGAGACGUCGAAGACCCCGCCCAGGGCUCACGAAGUGCUACAGGAAUUGCGCGACAUAUCCAGCAUGGCGAUAGAGCACUUCGACGAUAAAAUAUCGCCGGAUUUCCGCAAGCGGCUGCAAGAGGGCGUGGCCCCUCCGCCCCCGCGUCCCUCGCACGCAGUUUUUCCACCUCUGGCAGUUCGCCAGGAGAUGCUGCUACUCAGGAGGCGCUCAGUGCUGAGCGCCAAGCUGUCCCUCUACCUCGCAGCCCAACACAAGAAGUUCCUCAAGCAGAUGUCACAGUACGAACGCCUCGCCGCUAGGCAGAGGAAGACCAUCAGGGAUCUAUCCAAGAGGCAGAGGGAGCAAGAUGCAGCUAUCGCGGACUUGAAGAAACGCAUAGAGGAGUGCGACAUCAAAUACAGCGAACUGACGCACACCAACCAAGCGGUCGGAGGCAAAGCUAUGGCCGUGACUGCUGCCAGUGAGGGCUCCACCCCAUCACAACCCCUGAGGCACUUUGGCAGCCAAAUUAAGUUGGACCUCUCCGUUCUACCCAUUGGCACCUCCAAGAGGGGUCAGACACCGAUGCCGAACAUAAAGCCGCGCAAGCCGCUCAUCAAGCUGCCCAGUCUGGCAGACGAGGGUGCCGCCUCUUUCGCCUCUUCUGCCUCUGCGGCCUCUUCGGCCUUUUCGGCCUCUCCGACCUCUUCGGCCUCUGCGAACUCUUGCGUCUCAGCUGGCACUCGGGCCAGAUCCGCCGCCGCCAGGAUCCGCAACAUCGCCGACGAGGUCCGCCACCUGACGAGGGCCUUCGAGGAGGGCAAGCUGAAGAGACAGCUCGCCCACAGCGAGCAGGAGGCCGGCGGGAAGAAGCUGAAGCGUGAC